GCAGUGCCUUUGUCUCUGGCCCCUGAAUUCGUGCCCAUUCAUGGUUGUACACUUCUCCGUUUCUCCAAGACAGCCCAGCUAUCUUGCGUCUCACGUCUCACUCUGAGACUGUCCUUUCAGCACCUUUCUUCUUGUCGCUUCCUCUGAUCCAUCCUUGCUUGUCAUAAACGUCAACUGGUUUUUUCCUUGUAUGCCCAUCAUCUCUUCAUAAUGGUUUUAACUAUGGCGCAUUUGCCCUCAAAGCGCCUCAUAUUUUCGUACAUCUUCGACUGGAUUGUCAUAAUAGCUAUCGCUGCUCUUGGGGCCGGUUGGGAAUACAUAGAGCCCUUCAAGCGGCCCUUUUCGCCCGUCAAUCUCGACAUCUCUUAUCCACACCAAUUACACGAAAAGAUCCCGACAUGGCUUCUGGUCUUUAUCUCGCUCGUCGCCCCAGCAUUCAUUACAUUCGUUGUCUGCUUGGUUCUUGUUCCGGGGCCUACCGCCAGUCGCGGAACGCCAAAGUCACUGAUCUGGCGGAGAAAAGCUUGGGAGUGGAACACGGCAUGGAUGGGCCUUGCUCUCUCCCUUGCGACUACAUUCAUGAUCACCCAAGGCAUGAAGCUUUUGUUUGGGAAACCGCGUCCUGAUCUAUUGUCCAGAUGCCAGCCGGAUCUGAGUAGAAUUCAGCAGACAGCUCUGAACCCCGUUGGUGCUGACUUCAAUCCAAACUGGGUUCUGGUGACAGCGGACAUCUGUACCAACAAGGAUAUGGAUAUUAUGAAUGACGGUUUCAAAUCGUUCCCUAGUGGACACGCAAGCUUUUCCUGGGCCGGUCUGCUUUAUCUUACCCUCUUCCUGGCUUCCAAGUUCUCCGUGGCGAUCCCGUUUCUCCCCCCACGCCCGUUCAGUACCAACCCCGCACACACUUCCGCCGUAGCGCGAUCCAACUUGAAGAUAAAGACCUCCCUUCCGCUUCAUAACGGGAAGGAAUCCAGUCUCGCAUCACCUACAUCAGGAGACGAGAAAGUCGUGCCUAUCCGUCUUCAGGCAGCUGCUCCACCAGUCUAUACACUGAUCUUGGUUCUGAUCCCCGUAGGUUCGGCGAUCUACAUAUGCAGUACCCGUUUCACCGACUAUCGUCAUUUUGGUUUCGACCUCAUUUUCGGCAGUUUGAUUGGUAUCACCACGGCUUGGUUCAGUUUCCGGUGGUAUCACUUACCAAUCACUCGUGGCGCAGGAUGGAGUUGGGGCCCAAGAAGUUAUAAACGAAGUUGGGGAAUCGGUGUAGGCGUCGGGACCUACGUAGGAACGGAGGGUUGGAGCCAUCCGAGCCACAACAAUGGGGGCGUUGGUGAGAACGAAAGAGACUUAGAGAUGGAUGAGAUAGCUCUGAGAAAUGGCGAAGCUUCCCGUCAUGAUGCUGUCUGAGGGGCAAACUUGACAGAGGUUUCUUUUGUAUAUCUUUCUUUGC